AUAAUAAUAAAUGUUACAAUAUGUUUAUGAACAAUUUUAUUCUAAAACAUACUCUCGCUACUUCCGGUUACUCUCGAACGAUAUAUCGAUUUACGUAUACGAUAUAUCGUGCACGAGUAAAUUUCUUUCCGACAACAGGCUCGCGCUAAAACGUCAAGAUGUUGAUGCCAAAAAAGAACCGUGUAGCAAUUUUUGAAUACCUUUUUAAGGAAGGUGUUAUGGUAGCGAAAAAGGAUUAUCAUGCACCAAAACACCCAGAACUGGAACCCAUUCCAAAUCUCCAAGUUAUUAAAGCAAUGCAGUCCCUAAAGUCCAGAGGAUAUGUCAAAGAACAGUUUGCUUGGAGACAUUUCUACUGGUAUCUGACAAAUGAAGGCAUCGAAUAUCUACGUGGUUAUUUGCAUCUACCUCCUGAGAUUGUACCUUCCACAUUGAAGAGGCAAGCUAGGGCAGAAGCAUCCAGGCCACGACCAGCAGCAGCCACACGAAGUGAAGCAUCUAGGCCAACAGAAGAUCGUGCUGGUUAUAGAAGAGGACCUGGAGGUCCAGGUGGACCUGGUGACAAAAAGGCUGAUGUAGGUGCAGGCACAGGUGAUGUUGAAUUCCGUGGUGGUUUCGGUCGUGGCAAACCACAAUAAUAUUUUAAUGUAAAAUAAAUAAAUCUUUCAUAAGUA